GUCAACAUGGCAGCCUCCGCGAAGAACCACGUAGUUGUCUGGAUGAAUUAUUUACAAAAGUCCGUCGAAAUUGGAGAUUAUUCCGUUAUUGGUGUCAUAGUAGCAGUUUCUGUAGUACUUUUGACUUUUCUUGUAUUUGGAUUCUUGAGACAGCGUCAAAACAAAAGACGAGGUGUUUUGAUCCUGGGUAACUGUGAUGCUGGCAAGACACUCCUCUAUACUCAGCUCAUCUACAAGAAGCACAACCAAACAUUUUCAUCAAUAUCUCCCAAUUCCGGAAAUUACACAGUUGCUGAAAGUGGAAAAACCUUGAGGCUGGUUGACCUUCCAGGACAUGAAAGGAUCCGACAGCAGAUGUUAGAUGGGCAUAAAGAUCUUGCUAGAGGAGUCAUCUUUGUAAUAGACAGUUCUUCUGUUCAGAAAGAAAUAAAGGAUAUUGCUGAGUACCUGUACACUGUGUUGAGUGACAACCGGAUCUCCAACAUGUCGCCACCACUGCUGGUCGCAUGCAACAAACAGGACAUGAGCUUUACCAAGGGGGCAAAGGUCAUACAGGCGCUGCUGGAGAAGGAAAUGAACACCCUAAGAAUCACUAAGUCGGCCGCUCUUCAAGACACUUCUGCCAGCAACAACAACACCUAUCUCGGUAGACGGGAUCGUGACUUCACCUUUAACGACCUAAAGCCCAUGAAGAUAGACUUUGUUGAGUGUAGCUGCCAGGAGAAAGCUGAUAUUAAUGCCAUCCAGGAUUGGUUGGCAAAAAUUGCAUGAAUCUCAUGUUAGGUUGAAAUUAGAUUAUUCCAAGCGCUUUAUGCAAUAUAUUUCAAAUGUUGAAGCAUUUGUUUCUGCCAGUUUUACCAGUAUUUUAAAAACAUCUUAAGAAAUGAUUGUAUAAUAUUGAUGGCUUAUUUGGUCAUGAACUAUUAUGCUGAGAGGUAAAGCUGUUCCUUCCCACUUUAAUUUGACAUACUGUGGAAUUCAAUAUUGGACCACAUCAAUAUAUGGAUUUGACAGUGUUUUUAUAUAGCCGAACACAUAUAGAAGAAAGUGCAUUUCUAAUUGGUGCAUUUUGAUAUGUUGAAAAAUUCAUUGCGUGAGUUAUCUGUCUCAGUAGAAAUGUUUCAGAUAAAUAGUGAUCUUGUUGUCAUUUUUUAAUAAUAGAACGAAAAGGUUUGAAUUCAUUAAUAUGUAAUUUCAGAAAGAAAUAGUAUAUGACUUUGUAAAUAUUGAAUAGUAAUGACUCAAGUCAUAUGACACUAUUAGAUUUAAUGUAUAAAAAACAGUGUUCCAAAUUCUGAAUUGCUGUUUCCUUGCUUUGAUGAAAAAACACCUAAGCUGAUAGCACGUGGGUUAUGGAAUAUGCCAUGAAUUUCUAAUAAGAAUUAUAAAAUUAUAACUAGUCAUAUGGUGUUCAGAAUUUGUGAUUUUUCAAUUAAAUUUUGAUAUCGGUGUACCAUUA